ACGAUGUAAUUCUGUCAGGAAAAACCAGUUGUGGCCCUCUGAUGCUGUUUUAGAGAUUUUAAACAAAAUUUUCUUUUGCGUGGAAUGGCGCAGGUGCAGAUAAAAUAAAGUUGAAUCUGCGCAGCGGCUGUUCAGGAGUUAUGUUGAAGAACAUAACCGUUCCUGGGGCAGUUACUGCGCAGCGAUGAUUCGCCUGACAGCCACAUACACAGUGCGCCAAGAUGGCAGAAGAAACUUACGAGUCUGUGAUCUGUGUCAAACCAGAGGUUCACGUUUACCGGAUCCCUCCCCGGGCAACAAAUCGGGGGUAUCGGGCGGCUGACUGGAAGUUGGAGGAGCCGGCCUGGAGCGGCAGACUAAGGAUCACCGCCAAGGGAAAAGUGGCCUUUAUUAAGUUGGAGGACAAGACGUCUGGAGAGCUGUUUGCCCAGGCCCCUGUUGAGCAGUACCCUGGCUCCUCGGUGGAAGCCGUCACUGACUCCAGCCGGUACUUUGUGGUGCGGAUAGAGGACGGCAAUGGACGCCAUGCCUUCAUUGGUCUGGGUUUUGCAGAUCGCGGUGACUCCUUCGACUUCAACGUAGCUCUGCAGGACCAUUUCAAGUGGGUCAGACAGGAGAGCGAACUAGCAAAACAGGAGGCAACUCAGAGUGCAGCUCCCAAACUGGACCUGGGCUUCAAGGAAGGGCAGACCAUCAAGAUAAACAUUGGGAACAUUAAGAAGAAAGAGCCCCAGUCACCUGGAUCUGCAAAGUCUCGCCCUGUGGGUGGUGGACUACUCCCACCCCCACCAGGAGUGAAGGGAGGAACCUUUCUACCCCCACCUGGAGUCCCAAAACCAGUAGCACCUGCUCAGGCUCCCACAGCUGCUCUCUUAGAUUUUGGGGAUGAAACUCCAUCUACAAAGCCAACAGCAGAUUUGUGGGGGGAUUUCACUACUGCUCCUAGCAGCUCCAGUAAGGACACAGUCCAUUCGGGAUGGGUGCAGUUUUAAUUGAACGAUGGACAUAUGCACACACACCGCACCGUGACCAAGGCAUUCCUCUUGUUCCACCUGCAUCACCUGGGCAGAACCAGGGAUGAGAGAGAAAUUGAAAGGUUUGAGACAGAUUAUCUGUCUGUAGUUCUGUUUGACCAAUUGAGCAGUGUACUGUCUCCACUACAGGCAUGCCAUCUAACACUUACAAACAUACUUACAGACACAAACAUACUAUUAGACCUAUGCAAAUGCUCUCUCUCACAUACACACACACACACACACACACACACACACACACACACACACACACACACACACACACUAUUACCAGCCUUCAGGCUUAGUUCUUUCUCACUAUACUUUUUCUAUGCAAUUGGAAAUACUUGUAACAAAUCACUAACAUUUAACUUGAUUUGCUAAUUCAUUACUGUGGUUUUUGUUCAACUUUUUAGACAGCUGUCUGUAUUGAAGAGCAGCUGUGUUUUGAACCAUGGUAAUUUUGAAUGUAACAUUCUCCCUCUCUGCCAGCUUUGGGAAAACUGGAUACAGUCAUGCAUUCCAUAGUGACGCUCCACUAUGUGGAGAUGUCAUCGCUUGUUCUAGAAUUGACUUUCUCCCUGUGCCUUAAUUUUAGUGUUGUUUUUAAAAUCUUUUCUUUUUCUCGUUCCCUUUAUAACCUUAUUAUUACUCCCUGGAUGUUUUUUUUUUUUUUUUUUCCCUGCUGCUCCUCUUCUCGCUCUAAACAGAAAACUGAAAUGUAGUUUAAAGCGUACCUGUAAUGAUGCAUCUAUGAAGUAGUUGGAUUACAAGGAAUCUGUAAUGUGUCCUUGUUUUUACACACAGCCCCAGUGUGAAUUUCCACAAAGGAUAGCACGCUCUGGGAAGCAAACUCUUGUGUGCAGGUGCUACAGACGAUAGAUACAGCUGAAGCUGCUGCACCAGUGGCCACUCUGCACAGAUCUUAAGUAGUGGCAUUUCCACUUCCUUAAUCUGCUCAGCAGAAGCUGGUUAAUCAGCUGUAGAUUCUUGUCAUAGCAAUUUAAUGGCCACCUUGUUGGUUUCUGGUGCCUGCUUUACAGCAAGUUCCUGUUCUCACAAGUGGCAGUGAUUUGGUACAUACGGCAGAAGUGGGGAUGUGGGGGUCGGGUCGGGGCGGGGCGGGGGGGGUACUUGAUAACAUGCUGAAUUAAAUCUGAUAACUGGCCUGACAAGGCAAGAUAGUCGAUGGAUGGUUUCUUUUUGUUUUGCUUGAUUUGAUGACAUAUAAACCACGCCUCAAUUUUGGGAAAGCCGCAGUCUUUUUUGUUCAUUGUUUUGUCUGUAUUUUCUGAAUUUUGUUCAGUUUUAACCAUGGUGCCUUUAUAAAGGGUGGGUUGUUAUGGGGUUUCAGAGGAUUCCUUCAAAUUGUGGACUUUUAUGUAAAACAACUUAUAUAGAUA